AUGACGCCCAGCCCAAGACACCAGGGCGUUUGCCGACAUCUGAGGCCCUUCUUGGUGUGGCCACCGAGGACAGUGCUGAGAGGGGGAAGGUCAUGGGCAGGGCUGGGUGUGGGAUGCAGAGGAAACAGUGCCUGGGGAAGAGGAGGUGAGCUUUCUUUCUCUAACCUUGACCUCCCUGGAGCUGGUGAGGCAGGCCUGGAACACCACCCGCUUAUGGGGUGCCUCUUCGCCAGCGCUGUGCCCAGGUGGCCUCACUUGUCAUCUCAAAGUGGCGUCAAACUCCCGGACAGGUGGACGGGAACCCUAGGCUGGCCCUCCAGAGACCAGGAGGCCCCUGGUUCAGGGAUGCCACCUGCAGCUGCCCAGCCCUCUGCCCAUGACGCCCUUGUUCCACCUGCCACCGCUCAUGAAACUACGGAUCACCCAGCUCUGCACUGGCUUGCCUGCUGCUGCUGUCUCAGUUUACCUGGGCAGUUGCCCCUGGUUAUCCGGCUGGGGUGGGACUUGGACUUAGAAGCAGGCCCCUCCUCUGGGAGGCUGUGUCCUCGGGCCAGGAGGUGGCAGCCUCUACCUUCCUGAGACAGGGACCCUUUCUUGUCCAUCACAGGACAGCUGUAUGAAGACACAGAGAGAAGGCGGCCGUCUGCAAGCCAGGAAGAGAGCCCUCACCAAGACUGGAAUCAGCAGCACCUUGAUGUUGGACUUUCAGUCUCCAGAACUGCAAGAAAUAAGCACCUGCUGUUUACAUGCCCAGCCCUCGGUGCUUCCUCAUGGCAGUUGGAGCUAACUGAGACAGCUCCCAGCACUCACCCAUUCAUUCAUUCAUUCAUUCAUUCGUCCAUUUACCUCAUGUCUACUGAACAGCUCUGGGAUGGCUCUGGGAAGCUGUGAGUCACAUAUAUUGCCGCAGCAAUGUGUGAAAUAUGUUUAGAGACAGUGGGGAGCAGAGAGGGCAGAUGCUUUGAGAACCCCAGCAGGGCUGGCCAGAAACACAGGCCUUGUUGGGCUGAGGCUGGCAUGGGGUGAACUUGGGAGCCUUGGGGGCAGAGGUGAUAGAUGUGGGGUGUUUAAAGGCAGUGAGACAAAGAAGGGAGAUGGAUGGUGCCCCCCCAUGCCAGGCUUUGCCAGCCUCCCAACACGUGAGUGUUCACCCACCUGGAUGAGACACCGCCGUGGACUUGGGAGUGAAGGUGGUGAAUUUGGGCAAUGCUGGAGACCAUGCAGGUGGGAGGUGGGACAGAGGCAAGAGGCUGGGGCCCAGGCAGGAGCCGACAGACUGCCAGUGCUCCCCUGAGAAGCAACCUCAGUGGGUGGCUUGGGGUCUGCUGGGCUGCCCCCACACUGACACCCUGGCUGCAGGGCCCCCUGUGUCCCCAGUGAUGGCUCUCGGGAUGGCUGUGUGGCCUACUCAGAGCCAUCCCUGCAGCCCAUGAUCUCUGGGUCACCAGUUGCCAGAAGUGUCCCCCCUGCCUUGGGCAGAGGCUGAGGACCUCAGAGUGGGAGGGAAGGUGCAGUGGGGGCUCAGCCAACACUGCUCAGCCUGAGAGUCCAUCACAUGUGGACUGCACCCCGGCGUCAGCCAGAGUGAUCUCUGCUUAGGGUGGUUUCUGGUGAGUUCUGAUAUCUCAAACCCCAGCAUCAGGGCCAGGGCAGACAAAAGAAGAGUGAGCUGGUCAGGGGUGCCCCAGUGGGAAGCUCAUUCACAACCUUUAAGGAGGGCAGGGCACAGCCCAGCAGGGGUGGCCACAAGGCCCUGGGCUUGUGGCUGAGAUGGCAACUGGCUCUGGCAGUGAUUGGAACAGUCCAGUCCACGGAACCCUGUGGCCUUGGCCGGAGGCUCAUGGUGCCACAGGAACUGGAGCAAUGGGUGGCCUCCCUCGCCUGGUGCCCGAGUAAAGGAGGACUGGGUGCCCCUGAGGAAGGACGUUGCCAUACUCUCACAAAUUUACAUUCUUCUUCUCUCCCCCAGUCUCCCCUCAGGGACCUGCAGCCAUUUGCUGGGGUGGCUAGUCUGUCCUCAGACUCAGGGGACUUACUGGACACUACCUCUACCCUGACACCCACUCCUGGGGACACAAACACCCGUCAGAUCUAAUAGUCAGAGGAGGGGCGUGUGGAGGCCAGGGUACUCAUGGAGCUCUAGCUUAGGUCCAACUCUCGGUGGGUGCAGAGGUCACUUCCCUAGCCUCAGACAGGUGAGUAAAUGGACUUAUGUGGCAGCCAGCAGAGUCCCCACAUUUGUCC